UAGCUGGUACAAGUUGAGAGUAUUCAUUUUUGUCUUAAAAGCUUAGAAGCUAUAUCAUUUUUGUUAUUAUAAUACACGUUAUAUAACAAUAUUCAGCUUUUCAUUGGCGCUAAUAACUGAAGACUGUGUCUAAUAUAAGAAGCGUUGAAGUGUGUUAUUUUUUGUAGUUAAAAUGAAACUUUGCUGCGUUUUAAUAUUGUUUACCAUUGUAAAAGUCUUGGCAGUAACUAUGGCGGAUUACAAAAAGUCGAUUUCCUUUACAAACACACACAUUGAGCGGGCGUCUACUACAGAUAUUGGAUUGCUGCCUGUUGUAAGAGAAAUUAUUACCGGACAUACAACGAUGGAUGAAAUUGCUUUGAUGUUGGCUGUACCGGAAUUAGCAAACGUUUUGCACAAUUUACAGGAUUGCCUAAUUUAUGAGGAAAUUUUGCGAACACUUAUACUCAAUAUUACAUUUUAUCCUCUACCACUUGUAAAUGACAACCAAAAUUUUGACGAUUAUAAAUUGUUAAAUCUUGGAGUUAGCAGAAGAUAUGUAACGAGAGACGUUAUAAAAGUCUUAAUCCAACAAGCAAUAAAUGGAGACGAACCAGUUUUCAAAAAUUUUGCGAUGAUGUGUCGUUUAAUAGGUCUAUUUAGAAAUAUAGUAUUCAAUGAUACAAUUAUAAUAGCUGCUGAUGUUGACAUUUAUGGUAAUUGUAACAUAACAGAUUUAGACAAAAAAGUUAGCCAAUACACAUGUGUUAACAACGAAAUUUUGGAGUUCCAAAUCGAUACAUCCAGUCAGGUAACACAGACACUUCGUCAUCAAGUGACCGAAUGGACAAAAUGGUAGACCAGCAAUCAAAGCUAUAGAUUUACAAACUUGUCUUUACACAGUACGUGUAGUGUUAUUUAAAUAGUAUUUAUGUACCGCAUUUAUAUCCAAAAAUUGUAACUAGUUAAAUGUAUUUAAUAAUAUAAUUUGAGUUUUGCUCAAGAUCAUAAGCAAAUUUGUUAUUUAUGUAUUGAUGUACUUUGAAAUUUUUUAUUAAAACUUUUUAUAGUAAUC